CGUAAUAUAUAUAGGCAAUCGACAUUGCUGGAGCAAAUUAUCUUCUACAACGAGUCACGACCUAGCAAGAGAAAUGAGUAGGCCUUCUGUAAGACUGCAGCUUACUAAGCUUGUUUUUUACCAUAUUCUACUUUGGCAACUUGGACACUGGCCUCAAUCCAAAUUCUACUGUAGAGCCUACGUGGCUCCACUGCCACCAGAUGAAGUGUCUGUUCUUCAAGCCAUUACGAGGGACUUAGAAUUCAAGCAACAAUCAACCAUUACAAACAACAUAUGUGAUGGAACAUUUUAUGCUUUUACAAUCAGUUGCAAUUGCAAUGACGAGAAUCAAUGCCGCAUCUCUAAAAUUGAAAUAAACAACCUUGGUUUAACUGGAACUAUUCAUGAAACUGUGGGUUAUCUUAGCCAUCUAACGUCCCUCUCUCUAGCCAACAACAAACUUCAUGGCAGCAUACCUGAUACAUUGGGGAAUUUGAUGGAUCUCAAAUACCUGGAUCUAUCGUUCAAUCAACUCAGUGGUCUAAUACCAGCAAGCUUAGGGAACUUGGUUUCUCUUAAACAACUAUAUCUGAAUGACAACUUGCUUAACGGAGGUAUACCACGAAAAUUUGGUUUAUUGAAAAAUCUUACUGAAAUGGCUAUGCAGUUUAAUAUGCUUUCAGGCUCAAUUCCUGAGGAUUUUGGUUAUCUUUCGAGUCUUUCAUAUAUGGAUCUGUCUGAGAAUCAGCUCUCUGGUCCUCUUCCAGAAAGCCUCGGAAGCUUGACAUCACUCACAGUAUUCGCUGUGUGUGGCAAUUAUUUCAGUGAGAACUUUCCAAAAAGUUAUGGCCAGCUCACAAGCCUGGAAUACUUUUCAAUAGCCGGGAAUUACAUUUCUGGUCCCUUUCCAGCUGAAGCCAUAGCCAAGUGGACUAAUAUCAAUUUCCUACAAUUUUUUUACACGGCAUGCAGGUCUCUCAUGGGAAACUAUUUCGAAGGACCGGUGAGGGAAGAAAUAUUCAGUUUGCCAAACCUUCAGUAUCUGAGGAUAAGCGACGUGGCACCAAAUCCUAGCUUCAAAUUACCACAAAAGAUCGCCAACAGUGCUAAUUUCAUUUCUCUACUGAGGAACUGCUCAAUCACCGGCACAAUCCCCAAAUACAUUAGUGAAGAAAUGACAUCUCUAAGCUACCUAGACUUGAGCUUCAAUUAUUUAACCGGUGGCCUCCCUCAUUAUAUGCAAUCAGAUAUGAUUUACAUGUCUUUUUCUGGAAAUAUGCUUAACGGAACAAUCCCACGUUGGAUAUUUCGGGCCUUCCAAACUAAGAUGGAUCUUUCGUUUAACAAUUUUUCAGCAGUAGACACCGCAGUACCAAGCAACCUACAACUGAACUUGUUUGCCUGCUGCCGCAACUCCCCGACCUCUUUACCAUAUAUGAUGGAUCCGUUUGAAAUGAAGAACACAUACUGUCCUCGAAACAAACCAAAGUACCAUUCCUUGUUUAUUAAUUGUGGUGGUGAAAGGACAACUGUUGGUGGGAAUAUAUAUGAUCAAGAUAAUGACACAUCCCUCUUUUACACAAGUCCAAAGAAAAACUGGGCUUACAGCCUUUCCGGAGACUAUGGUGUAAAAAAAGGUAAUGCUAGUGAUUACAUCAAGAGCACGACACGUGGAGUUUCCAUUACUGAGGCACCUUUGUACGAAAAAGCUCGUCUGUCUCCAUUAUCUCUCAAGUAUUAUGCUUUUUGUCUACGUAAAGGUAGAUAUAAUGUUACGCUUCAUUUUCAUGAAAUUAUAUACACCGAUGAUGUAGACUAUACUAGUCUAAGAAGACGCUCAUUUGAUGUAUAUAUUCAGAGAAACAGGACAUUCAAUGAUUUCAACAUUAGAGACAAGGAGGGAAGUGGAGAAAAACCAAUAACUGUAAGUCAUUCAGCUGAGGUUGUACAUGAUGGUGGCCUGUUAGAGAUCCACUUGUACUGGUCUGGAAAGGGACAGAGCGUGACGCACCUACUUUUAAUGGACCUUUAAUAUCAGCUAUUUCUGUGAAUCCUGAGUUCGUAAUUAGUCCCGAUAAAUAUAUACGUCUUGCAUUGAUUACGAUUGCAUCCGUCAUUGCUGCUCUGCUGCUCUUAUUGGCUUUUGCUUGGAGGAUGGGCUGGCUGUCAAUCAAAAAGGAGCCCA